UCAGAGAGAGAGAGAGAGAGAUCAUCCAUGGGAAUACGAAUACCCUAUUUUCUUCAGCUUCACCUUAAUCACAACUCAGUUCCUUCCUCUUCACCCUUCUUCCGAUCUUCGAAAUCGAUCGCCGUUUUUGUGUUGUCGCCGCUUUUCUGAGCUGUCUAUUACACGUUUGUUCCACGACGAACUAAACCCUUAAUCAUCUUCCUUUGUUUUUCUCGUGUGAGAUGCCCAUUUCGUAUUCGUCAUGCUUCAGCUGAUUACCGCAGUCAAAGUCGUAUCUUGGUGUUUUGCGGCGCUCUCCAGCUUGGAUCACUGUCUCCACGGCUUCGUCUCUGGUCGCUCCGCAGAUCUUCGUGACUCUCCACUCACUGGAUUCUUCUCCGCUUUCUCUAAUCCCAACUUCUUCUUCGUCCGGGUUAUUUGAUUUCCCUCCAAGCUGGAAACUUUACAAAGACGUCGACAAUUUAGCUGUUAUGCAUUAAAAGGGCUUAAAGAAGUUUGCUUUAGGGUUUCCACGGCAUAGGGGAUUUAGGGUUAUUGUUGGGUCGUUUUAGGGGUAAGGCUAUGAACUGGCGUCAAGGCCUGUUAACAUCCAGUAGUUAGUUCAAUAUGUGCGAGAAUGAUCAUCAUUUUGUGGAGUGGAAAGAGCAUUUUGUCUCACAGGAGAGAGGGAACCGUGUUGUUCAUUACUUCCUGAAAGAUUCUGCUGGUGAAUCCAUCUUAGCUGUGGUUGGGACUGAGAGAAGUGUUAGACACAUGUUCUAUGUUGUCUCUGAGGAUUUUGUGCGUUUCUAUGGUCCCGAGAAUUCGAUCCAUGCUGGCUUCAAAUGGAGGUCCAGGAGAGAGGUUGUCGACUGGCUCACUUCAAUGCUGUCUAAACAAAAUGCACAAGGAAACUGGUCGAAGUCGCUAAAAUGUGAUUCAGGGGAAUCUAAUGGGUCUCCUGAAUUUCCAAGCAAUGGAUUUGCUGCUCAGCGAGCUCAAGCAACAGAAGAGGCCCGGCUUCCCAUAAACUUGAGGGUUCACAUUUGGGAUAUUAUGUGGUCAGGAGCUUCCUGGAUGUGUGGCAAACAGCUCAAACAUUACCCAUCAUUCUGUAGGAAUGGGACAACUAUAGGGGUGCACUCUUUUGUAUUUGUCAUGAGCAAAGGGGACGACCGGUACGUUGCGUAUCUUGAAGAUAUGUAUGAGGACAAGCGUGGCCUAAAAAAGGUCAGAGUGAGGUGGUUCCACUGCACAAAAGAAGUGAAGGGUGCAGUUGCUCUCAAAAACCCACACCCAAAAGAGGUUUUCAUCACCCCUCACUCACAGGUCAUCAGUGCUGAAUGUGUUGACGGUCCUGCCACUGUCUUGACCCGUGAGCAUUAUGAGGAGUGUAUAGCGUCUUUUCCUAAUUCUUUAUUGGAAAGGGUACACAUGUGCUAUCGGCAAUUCAGGAGCAACAAAAUUAAACCUUUUGACUUGAGUAAAUUGCGUGGAUAUUUAGACCAACCGAUAAUGUCUUGCUUAAGUUCGAUGGAGUCUGGUCCUGUAGACUGUGGGAUGAAUAAAGAGGAAGAUGAACCGUGGAGCGAGGGUGAGAAUGUAAUGGUUGGCGCUGAGCGGAGCAAGAAAAAACAAAGAAGAAUGAUGUCUGAUCAUCUGUUCACAGCAUAUGAAUCUUCAUGUAAAAGACUCAAACUUGAUGCCUCGGGAAAAAGACUUUCUUCCCCAAAGGCUCAUAAACAUCAUUGUUCUAAUGGAGUUAUCAAGGCCGAUGCAAAAAUAGAGUUUCUGUGUCAAGAUAGCGGUAUAAGAGGCUGCUGGUUUAGGUGCACUGUUCUGGAAGUAUCAAGGAAACAGGUUAAACUCCAGUAUGAUGAUAUAGACGACGAGGAUGGAUAUGGAAACCUUGAGGAAUGGGUGCCAGCUUUGAAACCUGCGAUGCCUGAUAAGCUUGGUAUGAGGUCUUCCAACCGCCCAACAAUCCGGCCUGCUCCUCCUGAUGCUAAAUCAGCUGACUUUGAUCCUACAAUUGGUGAAGCUGUUGAUGCAUGGUGGAAUGAUGGUUGGUGGGAAGGUGUUGUGAUUGCCACUGACAAACCGGACUUGCAAAUAUAUAUCCCUGGUGAGAACUUAUGCUUAACGGUGCAGAGGAAGGAUAUUAGGAUUUCCAGAGACUGGGUGGGAGACUGCUGGAUUGACAUCGAUCCUAAACCGGAAAUACUCUCUCUUGUAUCAUCUGAUGAUAUUAGCCCGGAAGCCAAGCUUUCCGUGUCUUCCACUCUUUCAAAAGAUGCCAAGGCAAAGCCCAUUGUAAUGCAAGAUAUUGUCGAGGAGGCAGAACCUAAAGGCGAUAUACUGGACAUUUCCCUUUUAGGAGAACAGAACAAAGAGCAUAAAGAUGAUGGGGUUGUUAAGAAUGAUGAUGAUGAUGAAAGUAUACUUUCGAAAGAAGAGGAUAAAGAGGUUGGACUUGGAAGUAACCAAACUAAUACCGUGCAGGAGGACCACAACGAGGAUGAUGUUAACGGUAAUGAUGAGAAAGCUCGUAAAUCAGAAACAGUCUUCACACUGUCAAAAACUACUACCACGCUAGUGACAUCGUAAAAGAUGCUUUCUUGAGAUGAGCUUAUAUAUAUAAUGAUGGUAAUUCUGGUACGUGCCACGUCUAUGGAAACUUUAGUGUUUUCUUUAUGUAUAGAUAUAUAUUGACAUAGUUUGCAGAAGAAGAAAAGAACGAAGUGAUUGUGGGUUUGACUUGGUUGGUGCUGAGGAGAGACGAGUAGGUAAAAGGUUGUAUAGAAAAAUUGAGGAGGCAUGAUUUUGGUGGUUGCAUUUGCUUUCAACUGAUCUUAGAAUAGGAUUAUUUGGUGACUUGGUUUAUAAACCAGCUUGUAAGAAAUCUCUCGUCUUGAAAACCAAAAUCAAAUCUUUUAAUAAAAGUUUAAAAGCACGCA